UUGUUGGUGAACCGUCGCUAAGAGCGGCCGGACACACGCAGUUCCUCUCGAACGGGGAUCUAGAGCGCGCGCUCUCGGCGCCUGCUUGCGAUCGGUGCGCGCAUCCAACGGAGCGGACCCCCGCGCAACGUUCUUCCUCCGCCGCGAGCAGAGCCGUCGCUUUGAAUUCGAGUGUGGCGCGCGCGCGCGCGUACGCCGGGCGGCCGGGAGAAACCGUGUAUGAAACACGCGGCGGGUCAUCGCGGACGACUCAAUUCAACGACGCGGCUCGGUCGGUUGAUAGUAGUGGCUCUUCAGCCGGAGAUGUGUUUCGCGUGACAAGUGACGCCGGUCUUCCCUGUGUCGCGCGGGAGCGAAACGCGCGUGCAAGCGCGAUCGCGAUCGAAGUGAGUGUUGGAGAGAGAGAGAGAAAGGGAGAGAGAGAGCGAGAGAGAGAGAGAGAGAGAGAGAGAGAGAGGAAAAGAAAAAGAGAGAACGGAUCGAAGGAGAAAACGUGAAUCGCGCUCUCUUGUGGACUCUGUCAGUGUGUGUGCGACGAUCUCUGGCAUCUCUAACAGCUCGUUUAAGCGCGUCUAAGUCGCUCGAGAGCAAUUCCCCUUUGAUUUCGGUGUCUUCCCGUACGCGUCUUGCCAGACCAUAAGCAGUGGCCAUGACCGCGGACAGUCUGUUCGAGCCGACCAGCAUCCCAGGGCACCUCGCUCCCACGCCGGAGAGGCUGGAGAGACUUCUAUCGAAGCAAACCCUCGAGGAGCUCUACGAGGUCGAGGAACAGCCUUUCGCACGAGGGAAAUACGCAACGGUCAGAAGAUGUCGCGAGAGAUCCAGCGGCAGACAAUGGGCCGCCAAGUUCCUGAGGAAGCGGCGACGCGCGCAGGAACUCAGAGCGGAAGCGCUUCACGAGGUCGCGGUACUGGACGCCGCGGCUCAUUGUUCUCGCCUUGUCUCCCUCCAUCAGGUCUUUGAGACCAACACUGAGAUGGUGCUUGUGUUGGAGCUGGCGCCCGGCGGCGAACUACAAAUGAUACUUGACCGAGACGAAGUCCCGGAAGAACGACAAGUUGCUAGAUUACUUAAGCAGAUUUUGGACGGGAUCGCCUUCUUGCAUUCCCUGAACGUAGCUCACCUCGAUAUCAAGCCACAGAAUUUGGUACUUACUGGGGAAUUCCCGGAUUGCGACGUGAAGUUGUGUGACUUCGGUAUAUCGCGAUACAUUAGUCACGGAGCAGACAUACGAGAGAUCUUGGGCACACCCGAUUAUGUUGCCCCGGAGGUUCUGAAUUAUGAGCCAAUCAGUCUUGCGACCGAUAUGUGGUCCGUCGGUGUGCUACUCUAUGUAUUAUUAACGGGAUGCUCGCCAUUCGGAGGCGACACUAAACAAGAAACUUUUUGCAACAUUAGUCGAUGCCGGCUGGACUUCCCGGAUGAUCUCUUUGAGGACGUAUCCGAGGAGGCGCGCGAUCUCAUGCGCAAGCUCAUGGUUAAGGAUCCGAUUGAACGCCUGACGGUGACCGAGUGCCUCCAGCAUCCUUGGUUCAGCAUGUUUGAGCAGCCACCGGCGCCUCUGCUAUUGUCCACGUGUUCCGCCUCGUCGGAUGACAGUUCCAGCGCGAACUUCUCUAUGACGAACUCGCGACCAGACAAGAGCUCCAGCUCGUCAUCUACUUCGUCUUCCAAUCCAUUCUCUUCUUUUCAGAAGCUUGCCAUCACCAACGGCCAAACGUCAAAAGCGUCGCCUACACCGAAGAGCGACACUGAGAAACAACGUUUGUCUAGCUCGACCGGCUCAUGCCACAAUACAGAUUCCAAGCAAACAACGAGUCGCGCCAUCUCCUCGCACACGGAGAAUCUUUAUACUAAGUCCACCAAGUCACCGUCCAAAUCGUCGCCCAAAUCCAAAAUUAGGUUUGGCCUGAGUCCCGACCGCAGGGACACUUUCAAGAGAAACAUGGACUCGCUAGCGCGUAAGUUCUCCGCGACGGAAAUCGUCAUCAUCGAAUCGAUGAUGUCGGGCACGGCCGCAGGCGGGAGCGAAAGCACCAGCACGGCCGUUGCCACCGCCAACAGCGGUGGUGCCAUCGGCGGUGUCAUCGGCGCUGGCACUCAGCGUCGUGCUACCGCCACUCACACCAUGCCAGCCGGCGAGGUAUUCAAGUGCACGCCUGUAUUCAUCCUCGGCGAAGAGCAGCAGUGUAGCGAUAGUGGCAGUGACACCGUCUCCGAGAUCUCGACUGACAGCUCGAGCGACCGUAGCAGUAUCUACUCAGACGACUCUCUAGACUUCAUUCUGUAUGGUAAGAGCCAAGGCAGAGCGAGCUUCCCAUUUUCCACCACCGACUCGACUGCCGACAGAUGGGAGCAGAGGCAUCAUCAACAUCGUAGCAACAGGGUAUGGCCGCGUGAAUGUAACGGCGUCGUCAGCAAGGCCCUCAGUCGCUUUAUGUUGGAGGCGCCCGGCGCGAAGAUUGCAAAGAUCCCGACGAUGCCGCCAACAUCGACGAUUACGUCGACGACGUCGACAACGGCGGCGACGACGACGGUGCGUGGCAGAACUGCGGGCCUUGAGGCGCUCCGAGAGCGUGGUGGCAAUUUAGUGGUCAUCAGGGAACCCGUCCGAGCCGGCAGAUACACCAGGUACUGCGAAGUACAGUGCGAGUCGGUGCAGGCGCGCAUUCGCCGGUUUCAGAUGCACGAUGCUUCGUAAAGUUCUACAGGUACACGGGCCAUAUGUGUUCGGAUAUUCUUUGUGUCACAGGUGAAAGCGCCUGAUGGGCCUUAAAGGACCCGAGAUUAAGAUGGGUUUGAUAGAUAGUUGUAUAUAUCAUUGUUUGUGUACAGUGACGCGACGCGAGAUACAAGAAGAUGUUUAGUGAUGAGGUACUCGAGGGAUGCGCGGUGUCAAACGAGCGAUAGGAAAGAGGAAGAUACGGACAAAGUUCCUCCAGGUUUGCAUAUGUAGGCUGUGACUCAACGAUGGAAAAAAUUCUUGAGAAGUUUCGGCAUUACACAUGUUUCUUCCUUCACUUCUUUCUUACAUGAAUAAAACGUGAUAUUUUGACACAGAGAGACCUUGUGUAAAGUAGAUCUGAAAUUUCACCUUGAAAUUGCGUUUCGACAGGAUAGUAAAGAUGAGAAGGGUAUCGCGCGCUACACGGACGAAAGAAAAAUUCAACGAUGCGAAGUACAGCGUAAAUUAAGCGUAGACUUAUUAAUGUUUGUAUUGAGUGAAUUACGUACCGUAAAACGGUAGCUGUAAAAUAAGAAACUUUCACAGUUCUAUGUACGACUGGUGGCAGGUCGUGAAGGUCGUAACAACUUUGUUGCGAUAUAAUGUAGUCAAUUUUUUUUAGAGAGUCAAUUGUACGAAUAAAUAAAAGUAAACGGGAAUGAGAAGUUGACGAAGUACCGAUGUAAUGUUCCUUGCACCGUGACUCGUAGCAUUCAUCAUGAAAUAUCGAUAUGUUAACAAUUGGACAUCAAUAUUUUGCUCUUAAUCUCAUCCCUAGGCUCUAUAAAUUUCUAUUCUCCAUAAAUUAUACAUUUCUUCAACGAUGUCGCACCGUUUUGCAUUUUAGGAAAGAUACGUUCAGAAAUAAAAGAAAAGAAAAAUAGAUUCGAAAGAAAAAUCUCUUUCUUUUUAUUUCUUUUGUUCAUUUGUUUUUCUUUUGCAUUGGUAUAGAUACAUAGUAGUAUAUAUAGUAAUGCAUGUGCACAAUAAGAAGCGAUGCGUUAGUCAAUCGAGUGAUAAAUAUUUGUUACUAUUUCCGGAAAGAGAGAGCACGAGAUAGAAUAAUGCAUCGUUUCUUUAUUGUACCGCGUAUAAUGCAUUGUAACAUAAUGAUGUUAUUAUGUGACCUUAUUAUGUGACGUCAUUACGUGUGUAGAAGCUAACAUCGUCUCCGUUGGCGAAUUACAUAUCCCUUGCUUACCGGUUCAUUGUUAUUCGAUUAUUCGCCUAUCGUUAUUUGUCAUGGCAUUUAUGUAAUUUCAUAAUCGUUACGUCUUGACCUUUCUCUGCCAGUCAUUUCGAAAUUGUCAUUUUUUAUAUUUCUGAAGAAUUUGAAGUACAUGAUUUAAGACACUCGAAAUUACAUCAAGUGAUACCUCGAUAAAUAUCUGGAAGAUUUUACCUCAAUUCUUCUCUCCUCCUCGAAACGUUUAUUUUCCAAAAUUAAGUCAAGUUUAAUUCAAUCAAUAAAUUGAUCGUGAGA